GUGGUGGCGUUGCAGGGUGACGCUGCAAGAGCGAAUUGUGUUGCGGGCGCCAUGUCAGCGGGCAGCGCACAGACCGGCGGACGACGAAGCAAAUGGGACCAGCCAGGCCCGGCCGGCGCUCCCCUCCUGCUACCUGGAACUAUGGCCGUGAUCCCGUCCCUCGGUGCCGGCCUCUAUCUGCCUCCCGCGGAAACCCAACCUGCGGCCGCGUCGUCGGAGUCGGUGAGCGCCCCUUCAGGGGCCCUGGAUGCAGCCGCUGCCGUUGCCGCUAAGAUUAACGCCAUGCUGAUGGCAAAGGGGAAGAUAAAACCAGCCCAGAACGCCCCCGAGAAGGUUCCGUUGCCGGGUAAAUCUGCCCCAGCUUCCAAAAGCAAGGAUGAUCUUGUUGUGGCAGAGGUGGAAAUAAACGACGUGCCCCUGACCUGCCGUAAUCUCCUAACCAGGGGGCAAACUCAGGAUGAGAUCAGCCGGAUGAGCGGGGCGGCCGUGUCCACUCGGGGGAGAUACAUGACCCCAGAGGAGAAGCUUAAAGUGGGACCUGGGGAGAGGCCUCUCUAUCUGCAUGUUCAGGGCCAGACCAGAGACCUUGUAGAUAAGGCCGUGAAUCGGAUCAAAGAAAUCAUCACCAAUGGGGUGGUUAAAGCAGCGACUGGUUCCAGUCCCACUUUCAAUGGCGCUACUGUUACAGUGUAUCACCAGCCUGCCCCGGUGGCCCCUGCUGCUCCUGUGGUGCCACCAAAAUCUCAGUUCCAGUCGGGGAUGCACUACGUACAGGACAAACUGUUUGUGGGCCUUGAACAGUCUGUGGCCACGUUCAACGUGAAGGAGAAGGUGGAAGGGCCGGGGUGUUCCUAUCUCCAGCAUAUCCAAGUGGAGACGGGGGCCAAAGUCUUUUUACGAGGCAAGGGAUCUGGCUGUAUCGAGCCGGCCUCGGGUAGAGAAGCGUUUGAACCCAUGUAUAUUUAUAUCAGCCACCCAAAGCCAGAGGGACUGGCAGCGGCCAAGAAGCUUUGUGAAAACCUCCUGCAGACGGUGCACUCAGAGUAUGCUAGGUUUGUCAAUCAGAUCAGCACCGCUGCCCCAAUGACAGGUUACACGCAGCCACCCCCUAUGAAUGCAGUGCCAAUGCAGCCUCCCUACUACCCUCCCAGUGCGUACCAGACUGCGUUUCCCGUUGCUCCACCACCUCAGCAGCCGGUCCAGAUCCCUUAUGUGGUUCCUGCGCCUUUAACCAGCCCUGUGCCACCGCCACCUGGAGUGGUGCCCACCAUGGCAGCUCCUGUACCUCCAGUGCCGACACGCUAUCCCAUCCCACAAGUGCAGCCACCUGUCCCGAUGAGUGCUCCCUAUGUGCCUGCAGCUCCCGUGAAACCCCCUGCCCCUCAACCCACACAGAACAUGCAGCAGGGUCAGAAGAGACGCUUCACCGAGGAGCUUCCAGACGAGAGGGACUCCGGCCUGCUUGGAUACCAGCAUGGACCCAUUCAUAUGACUAAUUUAGGUACAGGCUUCCCGGCUCAGAACAAGGUGGACAGCCCAGCAGUAAACCCAGACAGUGCCUCUGUCAAGGACCGAGAGAGGGACAGGCAAUUGAUGCCUCCGCCUGGUCUGCCUGCCAUGUCGCAGAAAGAGGAGGAGAAGACCUCUUCGGGGAGUUUAGGGGGUGCCGACGAGAAUCCUACCAAAAAGCUGAAGACCUCGGACAAGACCUUUGGAUUGGUGGCAUACGCUGGCGAUUCUUCUGAUGAGGAGGAAGAGCAUGGAGCACAUAAAUCAUCUGGGUCGUUCUCACAAGGCUGGAGCAUGGGGUAUCAGUACUCGGGCACACAGCCGCGGGCAAAGCAGCAGAUGCCUUUCUGGAUGGCCCCGUAGGAGAUUGCGACCUCUCCCAGUGACUUGUAGCAAUAAUGCAGCAUGAACAUCACACCAACCCGCUCUUUGCGUGGGAUUUCUUUUUUCAAGUUCAUCCCAGAACUCUUGGAUAUUUUUUUUUUUUUGUUGUUUUUUUAAAAAUUUUAUCUGCAGGGGACGAAGGAUGCGAGUGGGACCUUCCUGUAAUAAACGUUCACAUUUCUUUCAUCUUUCUUACCUUUUAUUGAGGUAUAAGUCGUCAGAUCUCUAGAAAUCCAGUUUUAUAGUUAAGUCUACAUGAAGCCUGGAUUUAGACGGUUUAUUGGCUCUCGGUCCACUGAUGAUAAGCUAUCAGGGUUGCUGCAACAGCAGAUGUUUUAUAGCGGUAUCCAUUGAAGGCUUUAAUAACCUUUCCACCAGGAUGGGAAAACGUCCACCCGCUGCCAAAACUCUUCUGCUGUACUUCCAGCUUCUCUAAUAUUAAAGCUGAGAUUAGUGCAUUGAAAAGGUGCAUGAAUGGCUCAUCGUCAAACACCCCAACUCCCCCUCCAAUGUAUAAACCAGAUUUACACGGCCAGGUAAAAGCAAAUGAAAGAUACUGGAAUGUU